AUGGUAGCGGCAACACCUAUUCAUCACAUUCCUGAUCUCACUAUCAGCUACCAGCUGGCAUAUUCUGUUCCGGGCCUUCACUCAGAAUCGCUCCCAGAUGUGCAAAAAACAAACCUUGACCUCUUGGAUCGACAAUCACUUGCAUGCGGGAAUUCGGAUAAUAUGACGUAUAAAAAUAAUCAUGAGAAUGCAACGAAUGCGGCUAAGCCACCUAACGACGAGACACAGAGUGCAGUGAAUGUUACUUCACAGCUAGGCCGAACUCCGGCAAACGCCAACCCGGCGUUCGAGUCAGUCUCGAGAACGGAGAUAUACAAGAACUUGGAGGAAGGCGGAGCCGACGUUAGCGUAGUUGACAUCGCAUACGGAGCACAGGAACUAGGAUGUAAAACGGCCGAAAAAGCGAAAGGAGAUGAAGACGAACCACUCAUCGACUCGAUAACUCUGCACGGCCGCCGAUUGGAGCUAACGCGCGAUCAGCAGGAAGCACUGGCACUGGGAAACAGCAAAUAUCCACUAAUAGCAAUUCAGGCUGCGUUUGGGACACGCAAGACGGUUGUUGGCGCCUGCGUGGCCAUACGCCAAGCUCUCGCUGGACAACGGGUCAUCAUCACCGUCUCCACCAAUACCGCCGUAGCCCAGUUCGCGAACACCAUCCUCGAAUUCGGGGAGGCGCAGCAGGUUGGAGUGACUCGCUUCAUAGCAGAAGCCAUCGCUUUCGACACGGACGCGCCGACAACCGCCGUGGACCUUCCUGAAAUCUUGAAGAUGAUCGGAACGGUGUUCCAAAGACAGCUCACGAGGAGGAAGAAAGAGACGUGCCGGAUCUUUACGCAGGGACGAAUACGAUACGAAAGAUGUUGCCUUAUUGUAAAAACGCUUUAUGGUGGUCUAGCCGAGGCAAUAUGCGAGGAAUUAUUUAGCUAUGGGCGUCUGACCUGCUCAGAUUGCAUUCGCAAAGUUUCUCAACGACUCGAGCAGCCUUUGAAUGAUGUGAAAGAGAAGUUCUGUCGGUUAACGGAAUCACAGUUUAUUAUCAAAUGCCCACCUGUUGUUUCUUCUCUGAAGGGUUGCCCUCAAUUUGAGACUUCCUAUGACCCGUACAUCAUGCCGGAAGUAAUUUUACAAGGAUCACCCGACGAAGCAGGAGAAUCAAGAAAACGAAAACAAUCAGAAGGUGAUGAAGGCGUCUACUGGUGUAUGAAUUGGAUGCGGUUUGACCGUUAUAUUCGCGACGAAAUGACUCUGGACCUCCUUGUACUCAAGAACUUAGAGAAGAUAUCACAGACAUUGACUCGAACAGUGCGUUCACUGCUGAAAGCUAAUGAAAUCCGAACAUUGCCGCUGACGACAAUUAACACAGCACCAAUCUCGGUACGUUCUCAAAUGAGAACGAACGAACUCGAGCGACCUGAUGUUGAGAAGGCUUUGCGAGUUUUGGUAGACGAGUCUCGGGGAGUUGCACGAAAAUCUGGAGAUAGUGGCGGUGGACUAUUCGUAAUAGAUUUUAAACGAGCUGUUGAACAAAUUUGCCAAUUUCACAUAGAAUCCCUGAUUCGCGAGCAGCUGGAGUCACGAGCUGUGAGAAUCUUUCGUCUUCUGCAACAAAGAGGACAUCUUGAAGAAGAUCAAAUCGAGAAACUGACAAUGAUGAGUGGCAAAGAGACACGAGAGCUUCUCUACGCUAUGUUAGAAGAGGAAUAUGUUAGCACAAAACCUAUUGGUCGUACGAAUGAUUUUGCUCCAGCUCGAACGUUUGUUCUGUAUUAUGUGGAUAUGCCUCAAACUGAGAGAGGUUUGGUGGAAUAUACCUGUAAAAUGCUACGAAAUAUCAUUUUGCGAAGAUCAUUCGAAGCUAAGGAGCAUCGUCAGCUGACAGACCGUCAAGUAGAGAUGGAGUCUAUCAUUGAAACUAUCAGUGCUGAUGAAGCCCUUGAUGAAGAGACGAAAAAACAACAGAUAGCCGAAGUAGAAGAGAUGUACAUGUCAUCUGCUGAUCGCUUGACUCUGGAGCGAUAUCGUCGCGCGCAAACGAUGCUCAACGCAGCGGAAACCGAAUGCGAGAGAGCUUUGUUUGCAUUCCGCUUAUAUUUGGAUUUCUCACUUCGGAGAUGUUGA